AUGUCGUGGUCUAAGGAACAAUGCCAAGUGUUGUUACAAGAGUAUCAAAAAUACCCAUGUUUGUACGCAAUAAAAACGCCAUUGUAUAGAAAUAAGCAUGCACGUUUAGAUGCUUUACAGAAAAUACAAGCGGUGGUAAAAGAAGUAAAGCCUUCAGUUAGCGUACAAGAUAUUAAACUGAAAUUUAAUGGUUUAAAAACCAAUUUUAUGACGGAAUAUAAGAAGUGGAAAUCUAGCAGGCACAGCGGAGCUGGCAACGACGAUGGUGAGGACUCGUCAUAUAAACCUACCAUAUGGUAUUUCAAACUAAUGUUUUUUCUACUGGAGCACUGCGAGGUGCGAACUGCUACCGAUUCUUUAACACAAGAGGAGACAGAAUGUGAAUCACAGGAGGCAGAAUCUACAGAAUAUACCGUAGGGGAAGAAGGUGUUUUGCAAGAGACUUCGGACAUGGAAACUCCACCGUUGGGAUCCCCAGCUGCUUCGUGUUCAUCUUCGAAUGGAAUGUGGCAGUCUAAACCCAAAAAACGCAAAAUCCAAAAUGAUUUAGUUGAAGCGAACCUCAUAAGAGAAGCCUCAAACACCCUGGCCACCAUUAAUCGUUCAAUGAGCCAAAAUAAUUACUCGAACGAUGAAGACGAAGCAUUUGCCAAGUAUGUUAGCACUAAGCUAAGGAAGAUAACCUCUGAAGCCGUGCGCAUGGAGGUUGAACAACAAAUAAUUGGGUUACUGUGUAGUGGUAUAAGAGAAUGUAACUGAUAUUUGUGUAUGAAAUAUGUUUCAUUAUUUUUUUCAAAUACAUGUAAUUACCAUAUGUGUGGAAAUCUUCAACUGGCAAACAACAACGGUUUUUCUUUAUC